AUGGUUCAGAUCGCGAGGAGGAAGAAGGGACGACCGUCGAAGGCGGAUCUGGCACGCCGUUCCGACGAGUCUCCGGCCGCCUCGUUGCAGCCCGAUCUCCGGCGAAGCCACCGGCGCCGGAGCGUAAGGUACAACAUCAUCGACUACGACGGAGACUACCUCGACGACGAGGAGGACGAGAGAAAGCGGGAGAAGAAGAAGCUCAAGCUCAUGGCAAAGCUGAACCAGGACGGUGAAGAAGAAGAGCGUGAAGAAGAAAUCGAGACGACGCCGGGCCGCACUCAUGCUGAUGCACCAGUGGAAGAAUACGAAGACAAGGAAACAGAACAAGAGGAAGAGAACGAAAACGAACAAGAGGAAGAACACGAAGAAGAUGAAGCCGGUGUGGUAAAGGGCAGAAAAGUGGAAUCGAAAGGGCUCCACUCUGUUUCUGUUUCAGGAACUCCGGUGAUUCUUCCAUCUGGGAUUCCGUUGCCUGAUAAGAGGACCCUGGAAUUGAUCCUUGACAAACUUCAGAAGAAGGACACUUAUGGUGUGUUUGCGGAGCCUGUUGAUCCAGAAGAGCUUCCUGAUUAUCAUGAUGUGAUAGACCAUCCCAUGGACUUUGCCACUGUGAGGAACAAGUUGGGAGCUGGAUCUUAUACUACCUUAGAACAAUUUGAGAGUGAUAUAUUUUUAAUUUGCUCAAACGCAAUGCAAUACAAUGCAGCGGAUACUAUAUACCACAAACAGGCUCGAUCAAUACAAGAACUUGGACGGAAGAAGUUUGAGAAGUUAAGAAUUGGAUUUGAACGCUCUCAGAUGGAGCAGAAAUCAGAACAAAAAGCAGGAUCCAAUUAUUUGGUUAAGAAGCAACCGAAGAAGCCACUGGUACGUGCCUCACAGGAACUUGUUGGCUCUGAUUUCACUUCUGGAGCAACUCUUGCUACUAUUAUAGAUGUACAUCCAACUUCCCAUCCGAUGCAAGGUGGUAGAUGUGAGAGGCCUGGCAAUAUUGAUAGUAUUUUGGAGGCAAAUCCUUUCUGGAUUGAUGCAAAUCAAGAGAAAGCUGAAGAUGUUUUAUCAGGGAAAGGCCUUCUCUCUAAGUGGGGAAGGAAGUCUGUUGUGCUUGAUGAAAGUCGGCGUGCAUCUUAUAACAUGUCCAAUCAACCAAUUGGACGAUCAGAAUCAAUAUUUAUGACUUUUGACAGUGAAAUGAAGCAGCUGGUUACUGUGGGACUUCAUGCAGAAUAUUCAUAUGCUAGGAGUUUGGCUCGUUUUAGUGCAUCUCUAGGACCUAUUGCUUGGAAAAUUGCUUCCCACAGGAUUCAGCAUGCACUGCCACCUGGCUUUAAAUAUGGUCGUGGCUGGGUUGGAGAGUAUGAACAGCUUCCAACCCCAAUAUUAAUGGUUAAUAAUCGUGACCAAAAAGGAACUAGUUUGGUCAUGAAGUUGCAUUCAACUAUUGAAUUACCACAGGGUGACAAAAAUUGUAAGAAUGUGGAACCAAGCAUUGAACAUCCUGUUAAUGGACAGAUGCUUGAGGGAAAUCAUCCUUUGAGGCCUGAUUCCGAAGGAAAACCUUUCUUUGGUUCCGCUGGAGUGAGACUCAGUGCUCCUGCCAACAUCCUAAAUCAGGAGCAGAACACCCAAUCCAGGAAAGUAGGCAAGUCUGAGAGUAAGGGUUUGAAACAAGUGGAGUUGAGUUCUUUACCCUCAAGUAAGCAGAAUAAUAAUGGUCUGGUUGCAAAGUUUACAAGUAACACUCCUGCAGCAGAGUCCAAGACCAGAGAGAUGGUGCUAGGAAACAUGUUCAAGCAUCCAGAUACUAAUGGAAAAAUCAUGAAUACAAGUUUGAACAGACAGGUUACUGGUCCAUCACCCGAAAGUACCUCAAACCAAUCAAGCAGGGCAAGUCCUGUUGUCCAUGAGCAGGAGCUGGGUAUUAGUGACCCUGUUCAGUUGAUGGGAAAGUUUUCUGAAAGGGCUCAAAAGCAACAGAAUUCCAAUCAUUCGCUUGUUGAUACUCCACCAGUGACAUUAUCUGAUCCAUCUGGACAGAGAGAUGACUUAGGCAAUGCUUCAGCAGCAGCAGCCCGAGCAUGGAUGUCUGUUGGGGCAGGAGGGUUUAAACAAGGACCGGAUAAUUCUAGUUCACCCAAAAAUCAGAUAACUGCAGAUUCUUUGUACAACUCAACAAGAGAGUUCCAUCAGCAUAUUUCAAGAAUUCGAGGGGAGUUUCCCUCUGGUGGAAUGCCUUUCCAACCAUUUCAAGCACUUGCUCCUCAACCUAGUCACACAGGCACUGUUUUACAGUUUCCCAACCGGCCUAUGGUUUUCCCUCAGUUGGCAUCUGCUGACCAAUCUAGAUUUCAGACACAGUCCCCUUGGCGAGGUCUAAGUCCCCGUGGCCAGUCAAGGCAGAAACAGGAAACCCUUCCACCUGACUUGAAUAUUGGUUUUCAAUCUCCAGGCUCACCUGCAAAACAAUCUUCUGGUGUCCUUGUUGACUCACAACAACCAGACUUAGCUCUGCAACUAUGA